AUGAUAUCAAGAAAACCAACAAGAAUAGAAUUAAAUAUUGAUGAUUUAGAAGAAUAUAAUCAAUUAAAGAAAGAACAAACUUUACAAUACAACAAUCAACCACCUACCUCUGCUUCUUCUUCUAAUCAACAACAACAACAAAAUAAUUUUAAACUUGUUGAUCUUGAAGCAAAACAACCUAAAUCAAGAAAUGAAAGAAUAGGAAUAUGA